AUGCAGAUGACAGAAGCGCCAUUUUUGCCACGCGAGAGGCUUUUUAAGCAGCAACAGUAUUUCCAGAAUCUGAGUAAGCACACUCACCUGAAAGGGCGUUAUGACGCGAUCACCUCCGUCGGCAUCCCACUUGCGCUUGCUGCCUCCAGCUUGAUCAUGAUUGGUCGUGGUGUCUACAACAUGUCUCAUGGAAUUGGGAAAAAGCAGUGA